AUGGACAAGGAGACCGGGGAAGGCGGGGAUGCGACCGCGAAACCGCCGCCCGAUGCCCAGUUCGACCCCUCUGCACUCUUUGGAGCGUACUGGGGUCGAGAUGGCGCCAGCAGCGCGGCAGCUGCGCAGGCGCAGGCCCAGGCUCAAGCCGCGCUCUUCGGCUUCGGGUCACGCUAUCCUCCGCCCACCACCCUCGGAGUCGCCGCCAACCAGGCGGCUUCGUUGGGACUACAUCCUGCCGCAAGUGCGGCUUGGUGGUCGAUGGCGUCUCAUCUGGCGGCCCAGGAUUACUUAGCUCGACUGCAGGCCACGGGUUUGAACCUGUCACCCUUAGGCGACCCUUAUGCUACUCUCUCAGCGCUAUCGGGCUCUGGUCUCAAGCAGAGCAAACCGCCCAAGCAGACUAGCAGGAAUGAAAGGUCAGGCAGAAGUAGUACAUCUUCCAGUAUGUCUAACAAAGACAAGAGCCCAGCAACGAGUACUAACUCACAACAUAAUAUGAGUGAUUGGGCAUCAACAUAUGGUUUUCCCAAAACCUCGUCUCCCUCCACCAUGGCUUCGCAGUCUUUGUCCAGUUUGGCUUCUUUGAAUAAUUUGGCGCAACAACCGUUGCAAAGCAAACCGAGUAGCAAGCAGCCCCAACCUCCGCCUAGCAGAAAGUCAUCGUCAUCAGGUAAAGAGAAAGAUAGAGAUUUAUCAGUAUUACGCAGCGAGCUCAUGUUGGCGCAAGCAGCUGCUCAAGGAGCCUACCAUGCAGCUGUAGCAGCUGCUGCUAAGGGGAAGAACAUGCCUCUACCAUACCCCUUCGGUAUGCCAGGUUCAGAGAAGGACCGGCGGUCUGGCAUUGACUCCUUGACUGGUCUACCUCACAAUCUACUCAGUGAUCCUGCAUCAGUAUUGGGUGGCGUAAGAUUGCCCCCCGACACAGAAAUUAUAAAAUACACUUCAUCACUGACGGGACCUAAGGUUCCUGCCGGCUCAACUAAUCGUGGUAGGAAGAAGACAAUAUCCCUUGAUCCGCCCCACGUCUCGUUACAUCCAUCCAGUGAUAGAAGUACCCCGCUGCCAAACAAGAGACAGAAAGUUGACGAAUAUGGCAACUCCAGGUCUUCAGUGGAAGUCAUCCGUCUGCCAAAUAAACCUGACCGAUCCUCAAAUUCCCUAUCUGCAACACCACCACCAAAUCUAUCGGAUUAUGCUGGUAUAUCCCGGGAGUUACUCCAGACAAUAGCCAGUCAAAGCGGUGUGAGCUUAGCAGCUCUAGAGCGGCAGCUAGCUGGUGCCAACCCAACCGACUCAGGCCUAAACUUAAGUACGAAGUCCAAUACGAGUUCUGAAGAGGCUCCAAUGGACCUUGGUGCCAAGUCUGCAGAAGAUGAUGCGCCUCUUAAUUUAUCUUUAAAGCCUACACCACCGAACUCCCAAGCGUCAGACGCUCUAUCAAGACUGACUUCUCUAAGCAGCUCGCUCAGUGCGUCCAACGAGAGAAUAUCCCGACGUAAACCGGGUGCGAAGCCUAGACGUGUCGCCCCCGAACCCAACGUGGAGUGUCCACGGCCGCGUUCUAGCGGCAGUGAGGACAGUGAAUCUGUGCCACCUUGGCCCACACGAGAAGGACGUCCACGUAACCUCGGUCGAGGAGUGAGCAAACCCAAAAAGAACACUGUUGCGUCGCUUCUCGCGCAGAGCCGUGCGCUGGGACUCCGACCGGCGCUUGCGCAGCAAUUACUGGGAGAGACUGAUCUGGAAAAGCUUCGAGCACUGGUCGGUGAAGGCGCGAGUACGGACAGCGAAUGUCAACAGUCCGACAGCAACCCUUCCGACUCUGAUGCCAGCGAUUCGGGGAGGAAGUUAGACGCGUUACUGCGACUUCCAUUGGCUCUUGGUUGGAAACGUGUAACAGUUAUAAAGGGCCUGUCUCGCAACUGCAAUAUUAAGGGAGACGUCAGCUAUUCCCCUCCCGAGCCACAUUCAGCGCUUCACAUCAAGUCUUCGUCGGAAUUACAGAGUUUCCUGGAGUCAAACCCCUGUCCCGCUUUAUCACUGGACAACUUCAGUUUUAGUUCAAGGACGGUGUUGGGUGAAUAUAUCCAGCCAGCUGCAGAUACCGAACCCAUAAUUUUCACUGAGACUGACAUAUCUAAGAGGCUCGAAGAAGCCCGCGCCCUAGCCGCGUUAGCUGGACCGCGGUCCACCCCACCUCCAGUCGAAAGACGUAUUGAAUUAGCACGAAGACAACAAGCGGCGAGAGAUGCCAGGAGAGACGCUACGCAUAGGCACAGAGACCAGGCUCGUCUCGUGCGUGAAUUGGAACGGUCUGAGAAAGCAGAGUUAGUGAAACGCGAAAAGGAAGUAAGGAGUCAACAACUACUAGAGCAUAUCAACAAAAAUAGAACGCAAUUGACGAUCGAGGCGCUACCUAUGAAAGACGAAUGGAAGGUGCCAGAGACAAUAGCGCCGGCGAAAAGAGAUAGAACUAUGCCACAGAUAAGCCUCUCCCUCAUCCCGGUUAGCGGCAAAGACUCGCCGAUCAAAACUUUGAAUUACGAACAGGGGAUGUGGAAGGAGGAAUCCGAGGAAUACAACGCGCUGGACAAAAUGAAGGACUUCGCUGAGAAAGCCGCGUUCGAUCUGCCCAAGCGGCCUAACGACAAAUACUUCGACAUGUCACUUGUAUCGGCGGACAAGCGGAAGAAAGAAUUGCCCCCCGAGGGCGAGAACAAUCUAGAAAAACUGAUCGACUCGUACUCGCGCAUAUCCGAGUUCAUAAACGGCUGCGACUGGAAAAGCGUAGACAAACAAGCCGAUCCAAAGAGCAUAGAACAAAAGUACUUGGACGCGAAGAACGAGUUUAUGUCACAGAACCUCAUGCUAAUGCCGAAAGACAAAAAAGUAGUUAUCGAUUUGAGCGAAGAUAAAUCGGAUGUAAAUAAAAAAAACAAAGGCCCAUACAAUGUUAACAAGGAAGGAGCCCUAUCGGUUUCGGCUCAGCCGUUCGCGAAGGACGUAAUCAGUCCGGCUAAGAAGCGAAAACAGGAGGACGCUGAAAAACAAAGGUUCGAAGAGCAAGCUAAGAAGCAACAGGAGAGAGAGAUAAAGAGACAACAGGCGAUGCUGCUCAAAGAACAGGAACGAGAACGGAGACGUCAGCACACAACAUUCAUUCGGCAAUUAGACUCCCGAAGAAGAUGGGAAGAAAGAGAGAGAAGAAAACAUCAGAACCUUCUAGAUCGGUUGCUCGUCAAAGAGAAGAAGUUGCAGCAGAGAAGGAAAGAGAUGGAGCUAUUAUCUGAGUUGAGGAGGCCUCAAGAGGACUCUUCUCUCUCAGAUCAAAAGCCUCUUCCCGACCUGGAUAGAAUACCAGGUCUAAAGAUCUCAGGACAGGCGUUCGCUGAUCUACUCCAAGUGUACGAGUUCCUACAUAACUUUGGACAAGCUCUUGGUAUCGCUGCAGAAUCAAUACCAACCCUGGAUUCAUUACAACAAGGUCUCUUAGACUCCAAUGAAGAAGCGGAAAAUGCGCUCAUAUCUGUGCUCACCAGGCUUCUAGUUCUCGCUAUUGAGGAUCCAGGUAUACCUCACCCGGGUCGUCACACGACGUUGCUCGGGCAGGCGAUACGUUUGGGCGAUAUCCGGCCAGACAACCUGAGCGAAGUACUGCGGAUAUACCUUUAUGCGAACGCCACUGGAGAAGUUAAGGCUAUGACAGGUUUGACGGUAGAGCGAGAACGCGAACGUCGAAUCGCUGACCACCAUCAGAGCGACGCUGAAAUGCAACAAACAUGUGCGAGUACCAAAAACGCCGCAUACUACGAGCACUUACACAAUAAUAGUACUUAUAAACUAUCUGAAAUGCUUCGUGACAAACCAUUCGUCUCUCUCAACCCAAGCAGUAAAGCGAGAAUGUUGGCGUACUUGUGCGAUGAAUUACUCCAAAGCAAGGCAGUUUUACGCGCAGUUGACGCGUCUCUGGACCACCUCAAUCAGCUGCGUAAGGAACGGUAUCUUAUGGAUGCCAAGAUUCGAAAAGUCCGCUCGCUAUACCAACGCAAGUUACGCGCAGAACAGACCGAAAAACAACAAGCCUUAGCCUUGGAACGAAUGCAGAGGCUGGUGGAAGAAAGCACGGGCCAUAUGCGAUCGCCUGCGCGUGAAACACCAGAGAAGUCUGAAACACCGAAGAAAGAGUCAUCUCUUCCACCGGAAGACAAGCCAGGAACUCCGUCCCCAUACAAAGAAGAGGAGCCUAGUGACAAGGAACUAUCACCCUUAAAAGAGAUGAGCAAGAAAGAGAUAUUGAACAACAAUAAAGACGAAAUUCCUGUGGAAGGAAAAGAUAAAGAUAGUGUAAUGGGUGAUGACGUUUUGAGUGACUUGGAGAGUGAAGGGACACAGCCAGAAGAAGACGAAGACAAAAACCUAUCAUCAGAGGAGUUAUCAAAAAAAUUAGAGAAAUUAUUACGACAGUCGGAACAGCAAGUGUUGCAGCUGGCUGCUGCGUCUAACGCAUUGAGGGCUACGUGCUAUGGACAAGACAGAUAUUGGCGUCGUUAUUGGUCUCUAGGGAAGUCCGGUGGAGUUUUCGUUGAAGCUAUGGAGUCAGCUCAGCCUGAGAUAGUUGCGUAUCAUUCGAAAUUGGAGGAAACAAAGACGAAUGGUGUAAAAGUUGAAGACAAAGAAUUAAAAACGGAAGCAGAUUCCGAAGAAACAGAAGAGGUGUCGGAAGCGCAAGCGGAGCAAGAGCUAAGAAGUAUCAAGAGCGAACUCAACCUCAGUGAUAAAACACAGAUUAUCAAAUAUGAACCAAACAAGAUCGUUUGCAAAGUUGAAGGUAUAAAAAUGGAAGAGAAAUACAUUCAACAAAAGAGUCACGAAGAAGAAGAUAUGCUAGAUAUCGAAGACUCCAUUCCAACUGCGUUUCUAGUCCAAAAACCCUCGCAUAAACCCCUCUUCGCAACCCAAGCCGAACCUGUAGACAAACCACAAGAGAUCGUGAAACUGGAAAAUCCCGCGAAAACGGAAACCAUAGACAAAGAACCCGAAGAAUCCAAAGAUACGCUAGUCAACAAUCUAGAGGAACUACGCAAGAUGGCUGAGGCUGUUUCAUCGCAAUUAGAAAAAGAAAAAGCAGAAAGCGAAGUGAAAGAAGAAAAACAGGAAAAGGAAGACGUGGAAGCAGAUUCUGCGCAUGCGCAUCUAUACGCCAAAAUGUUAGAUGGAAAAUGGUUUUCCAUUCUUCGCCAUGAAAGCGCUUUUCUAACUAACAUUAAUGAGGAGAAGUUCGAUAUACCGAAGUACUGUGAUAACGAGCAUACCUGCAGCGAAGUGAUACAAUGCCAGGGUCAUAGGUGGGAUGUGUCUAAUAAUUUGCACUUAUUAAACGACCCGAGUCUGUUUACAUUAAACAGUAUGGUGACGAGUGUGCAAGUGCCGUGCAAUAGUGUGUAUGCGGAUUCCAGUCUGACUAUGUCGGGGUUAGACCAAGAUAUGAUGGACGCCAGUAUGAAUAAUACUGAGUUGGAAAUGGAUGAAAGUAAAGAGCAGGAAAACGACUUAGAAAAAGAACUUCAAGCUGACUUAACAAAAGCCGACUUAGCCGCUCAAAAGGCGAAAGCCUCCGGCCUUAACAGCUUGGGCUUGUUAAACUUCAACGCGUUGUCGACGUACGUGACGUGCGACUCCCCACCACCCAUUCAAAUGUCACCUGAUGAGGUAGACCAACUCGAACACUGCAAAAGCCAUGGUCUACCUAAAAAGAUCGACGGGACCUAUGUGCCAAAGAAUUUACGACACGGCUGGUGGCGUAUUACAGAGUCGGAUCAGAUGAAAUCAGUGCUGGAAGCGUUACACCCAAGAGGUGUGAGGGAGAGAGAAUUACAUACUUCCCUUGUUCAACAUCUGCCUACUAUGAAUAAUAAGCUAUACAUCGAAAAAGGAGAUACAUCCAGCAGUCAAUUUACAGUUUCCCCACUGGACGUUGACGUAGACUAUGUACCUCCAGAUGAGCCCGGUUCCUUUUGUGCGAAAACUGCGAGAAGAGUAGACAUGGCUGUUUUGUCUAUGGUUGAGGCGUUAGAAGAAAGAGUCGUAGCGGGCUCAAUGCAAGUCAAGGGUUGGCGCCCGGACAGUACUCCCUUGCCCCCGGACGCGACUGGGGCAGAUAUAGUCGCCAGGGCGAGGCACGAUCUUGCCCAAUUGGAGGCACACGUGGAAAGGCGUUACCUUAAACCGCCUCUGGUACAAAGGUACGCUAGUACAAACGAGGCAAACUUGGGCGCCAUGCUUCAGGGAGAACACGGCAACGCUUCAGCCACGUCACCUCAGAACUCCGAUCAAAACGACGUAAAAGAAACCCGUGGUAUAGCGCGAGGUCUGGCGACAUGGCGCGACGCGGUAGCUCGAUGCAAUACAGCUGCGCAGUUGGCGAUGCUGCUCCAUGCUUUGGAAUCCCAUAUCGCUUGGGACAAGAGUAUUAUGAAAGCGAACUGUCAAUUCUGCCUUUCCGGCGAUAACGAAGACCAACUAUUAUUGUGUGACGGUUGUGAUAAAGGAUACCAUACGUACUGCUUCAAGCCGCGGAUGGAUAAGAUACCUGAAGGCGACUGGUAUUGUUGGGAAUGCGUAAACAAGGCUAGAGGCGAACGUGUGUGUAUAGUCUGCGGAAUGGGGAGUGCAGGUGGUCGCCUAGUGCCCUGCGCGUUGUGCGUACGCGCAUAUCAUCCAGACUGUCACUAUCCACCGUUGUUAAAGAACCCGCGAGGCAAGUGGUACUGCGCACAGUGUAUUUCUCGAGCGCCACCCAAAAAACCGCGUAAGAGCAACAAGCGAGAUUCAAAGCACAAAGAUACCUCGAAUGUGGAUUUAGAUACAUCCAUGGUUCCAAGUCCAGCGCCAUCUCACGCCUCGACAUCGACAACUGCCGAGGAAUGCGCGCCGAGCGUUUUACACACGCCCGAGAAGGAACACGACAAGCUCGACGAGCCGCUCGUCGAACAUGAAAACGGGCAUAACGUAACAGAACUGCCCUUACCUCUGCCAGAAGAGGGUCCGCCUGAGAAGCGGCGAGCUUUGCAAUUUGUCGCAGGCAACGGAGCCAUACCGCACGAAGAGACACACGUAGACGGUCACGAAGACCACGAAGCAGAAAAUGUUCCCCUUUUAUCUCGAGCGAAGAAAGACAAGAACACGGCUAAGAAACAAACUAAGGAGUUGCAGUUUUGCAAAAACCUUCUAUGUGAAAUGGAGUGCCACGAACACGCUUGGCCGUUUCUAAUCCCUGUCAACACGAAAUUAUUCCCACAAUACAAGAAGGUCAUCAAAUGCCCCAUGGACUUAUCUACUAUACGGCGGAAACUGCAGGAGUCGGGAUAUAAGUGUAAAGAAGAAUUCGCAUCAGACGUUCGUCUAAUAUUCAGUAAUUGCGAAGUAUUCAACGAAGACGACAGUCCAGUAGGCCGUGCUGGGCACAGCAUGAGACAGUUCUUCGAAACGCGAUGGACGCAAAUCUGA